UUUUUGGGGGGGGUGGGGGGGGUUUAUGCUCUUGGCUUCUUUUUACCUUCUCCUUUCCUCUUUAUCUGCCUAGGAUGGUUUUGUGUUAGUCUGGAUUGGAGCAACUAAAUCCGUCGGUGCUUGUGUUGGUAGAAUUUUGUGUGAGGCUGGAAAGUCUCCCGAAGACGAGCCGGUAACAGAAAAGGGGGACAGUCGCGGUAACCUCCGGGAGAAGAAAGCAGGAGAAAUGGAGGUGAUGAGCAGUAACACCACCAUCACCAGUGAUACUUCUAAAAUUGCCUCAGAAGCGGAAAAGGCCAUCGAUGUUUGCCCCGGAAGGCUGUCGGAGUUGGACGCGGCCGACGGUCUCGACCUUUACGGUAAGAAGGUGUCUGAGGAAGCGCCACUGCAUAUGCCCACUUACGCGCCUGAAAUUGCAUCCAACCCCACCACCGGCUUUAUGCUUCAUCACUUGAGGUCUUGUUAUGUCUUUAUUCUUCAACAACGCAUUUCAUCACGACUUGAAGCAGCUAAGGAUUUUCAUUUCAACUUGUGUUGUUUAAGGGACCCAAUGAUGCCAGCAUCAGGACCAGACUCUGCUGCCUCUUUUCCAGCACAGCUCACAAUCUUCUAUUCUGGAACCAUUAGCGUGUUUGAUGCUAUUCCAGCAGAAAAGGCCCACGCAAUUAUGCUGAUUGCUGCUGCUGCUGCUCCUUCUAAGAACUCAAACAGAAAGGAUAAUGGGGUUCCUUCUGCAGCUGCUUCACCAGUUCUCACUAGGUCUCCUUCCCUACAGAGUACUGCAGCUGCUGUGGCUUCUCAACAAUCACAAUUUCAACCCAUUCAGAAGACCUCCCUGUGCAAUUUGCAAGCAGAGCUUCCAAUUGCAAGGAGACACUCCCUUCUUCGCUUCUUGGAGAAGCGACGGGACAGAUUGGUGAGCAGGAGUCCUUAUACUCCUGUGGUAGUGACAAAAGAAGGAGACAACACAGGAAGUGGCCUCAGUGCUGAAGCUCCGUCCAUGCAGGGCUGCUUCUCUGAGACUUCCAAAUCUCAGGAAGAGAUCCAACCAAGCCCUGCCACCCACCUUGCAUGAACUAGUGAAUGGAAACCUAGACAAAUAUAGCACAAACAUGUUUACUUUCUUAGCUUGUCGCUAUGGUUAUUUAUCUCACUCCAAACUUGCUCAAAGCAAGUGACCAUCUCAACUUGACUUUGUAGAACCAAAAGAAUUUGUGCAUUCUUGGUAGGUUGUCGUUUCUGAAAAUGCCUUUAUAUGUGAUUUCUGUGUUUGCUUGCA